AUGAUGAAUCAAUGUUAUUUUGAAAAAUUGUUAGCUCAAUAUGGAAAACCUAUAUUUUCUGCUGAUAUAGAUGUUGAAAUUAAUAAUAUAUGUCAUAAAUUAGAAAUGUUUCAUAUUGACAAAGAUAAAUAUGUUCAAUAUAAAUUGUGUAAUAGUAAAAAAGGAUGUAUUCUUUUUAGUGAAGAUAAUAAAUUAAAAAAAUCUAAAAUUUAUACCAAAUAUAUAGUUAAUAGUAUUGAUCUAAACAGUUCCUACAAAUUGGAUUGGUUAACAAAACGUAUUGAACAAUCUUAUUACAAAGAAUGUCAGGAUAUAAAAACAUUCAAGAGGAAAUGCAGAAUUAUUCGUUACAUAGAAAAAAUGUUGAAACUUUUUGAUUCAAAAUCAUUUUUGUUUUUAACAGGAUCAACAAUAACUAAUCUUGGAGAUAAUUUAUCAGAUGUCGAUUUAUGUUGGGUUAUUCCUGGAUAUGGAAUAAACAAUUUAAACUUACCUUCUAAUAUUGAUAAAGGAAUAAUUUAUAACAAAUUAAAUGAAACAAAAUUUUUUAUACUAGAAUUACUUUGUUCAUAUAAUGUUAUCAAUGACAUUUAUGUAAUUUCAAGUAAAGUUCCUUUACUUAAAAUAAAAUUUAACAAAAAGUGGUUUGAUAUUGAAGUUGAUAUAAGUAUUAAUAAUCUUCCUGGAGCAAUGAAUUCAAAAUUACUUCACUAUUAUUCACGAUAUGAUUUAAGAUUCUCACAACUAGUAUUUUAUUUUAAGAAUUUUUGUAAAGAAUCUGGAUAUAAGGAUGCUUACAAUAAUUAUUUCAAUUCAUACUCAAUAUCUUUAAUGGUUUUACAUUUUCUUCAGGCUGUUGUAGAACCACCAAUUUUACCAAAUCUCCAAGAAAUGAGACCUGAUAUAUUUAGUGAUUACAAAUUAUUGUGGUUUCCAUAUUAUCAAGAAAUAUAUUUACCUCCAUUAAAAAUUAACAAAACACCACUCUCUGAAUUAUAUAUAAAAUUUUUAAAAUAUUUUGGUAAUUUUCAAUCUAAAUAUUAUGGUAUUAGUAUUGAAAAAGGAUGUCUAUUACCAAGAGAAUUAUUUAUAAAAAAUGAAAAAAAACAUCCCCUAUUUAUUGAGGAGCCUUUUGAAAAAGAAAAUACUGCUAGAUCAUUAAAAAAAGAUCGAUGGAUUCAUAUUAGAAAAAAUUUGCUUUGUGAAGCUACUUGGCUUAUUACAAAAUCUCAAAGUUUAUAA